UAGCAAUUCAAAUAUGGCUUCCAACAAAAUAUUAAAAAUGUUAUAAAAAUAAAAAUGUUUCUAUUGCCAUUUUAUUUUUUACUUUUAGGUAUAAGUAGUGUAAAAAGCAAAUCUUUAACAAUAACAAAAAAUUAUUAUGAAUUCAUAAAUCCUGUUAGCGAAGUGGUCGAAGAAAAAGUAGGAACAACGUUUUCUUUGAUAUGUGAACUGAUAUUAUCGGACCAAGAAAAAGAAAGUUCAGCAGUAGAUGACCAUCUGACAUGGGCCAAAAAAGAAAUUUUGUCAAACCAAACAGGGUUUCAAAAAAUUAUAUCCAGCACACAGGGAAUAAACAAAUCAGAAAAGAAAUUUACUUCACUUCAAAUUGAAGACAAAGGUGUCUACACUUGCACAAGUCAUAAAUUCAAUCUCUCAGUUAGUGUUACAGUUGUGCUGAUAGACAAUAUUAAAAAGAAUGAUGUCAGACCUAUGAGGGAAACAAUAUUUUGUAAUGACCAAAUGUUUCAGUGUGUUUCAAAUGGUGUUUGCAUAAUACCUCAUUAUGUCUGUGAUGGACAGCCUGACUGCAAAGAUGCAUCGGAUGAAUCCAUUGAGAAAUGUAAUGAGGAGCCUUGUAGAGAUAAGAUUCCUUGUGAAGAUGGUAGAUGCAUUCCUAGCAGUUGGUGUUGUGAUAGACAUCUUGAUCCAAACUGUACUGUAACUAUCAGACCAAAAUGUUGUCAAGGUCUUAUAGUGCCAGAAAGUUAUGAAGAAUUAGAAUAUGGGUAUCCCAGUAUGAAUAAUAAUCAACACAACGGCGCUCGAUAUUUGUUUAUCUCAGUUUGUAUUAUUAGCAUCCUUUUCUCUAUCGUUUUGCUGCUGCUCAUAGUCUCCAAAGUAGUGAUAUUCGCCAAGAAAAGUGCUCUGCAACAACAGCGGCACCACAAUAUCUGCGAGAACAUCGCGUUGCGCAACCAGACCAACGUCAACAUAAUCAGAGCUGAUUUUGCACCGGCGGGAAUCUACACAGUCCGCAACCAUUCACGUACACCUCGUUCCAACAUAAUCAUAGACACGUCAGAAGUUAGCGAUCCGCUCUUAUUUACAGGAGCCCGCAUUAACAUAGACAACUUCAGAGGGUUCACCGAUCAACCUCCGUCGUACGUUGAUGUGUUAAGAAACAAUAGGUUGAUCAGUGAACCCCCGCCACCUUACACUAGCAGAGAGAUACUUAAUAUUAAUGAAGAAAGACAGGAAAGAAGAUGAUGUAGUAUUUUAAGGUAGGUUGAGUUUUUUGGCCGUCAUGUACAUUGGUAACAUUACAUAAAUUUUCUUGUGACACAAAAACUAAUAAUAAAUAUAAUAACUAAAAACUCUACUUAAUAACCUAAACGUAUCCUCGUCAGAGCUUAUGCCAAAUUAGGCAGAUUGUUAUUUUAUGAAUUUCUGAUCUCAAUGACAUCUAAAUAUGUUAACGAUUUUUACAACCAUUUUUACACAAUGGAAGGAUUGACAAUUGACAGAUGUCUGUAUUUUGGAUUAAAGAUCCACCAGUUUUAACAUUUUCGCAAAAUUUAAUGAAUAUUGAUAAACAUAAGGGUGGACUCUUUGGAGUGGCCAACACUGUGUAUGGAAACAAAGACUGAGAAAGAAGUAUUCUGCAAAUGAAAUUUGGUAUUCCGUUUUAUCCUCAAUCUACAAACAUUCAUUUUACUUUUAAGAACGUAGGUAUUAUAACAAAAUUUAAAAUUUAUCUAAAUUAAAAUUACACAAAUUAUUUUUUGUGUUUUUUGUCAAGUCUAGUUUCUGGUCAUUAAAAAGAGUAUAUAAUGUUACCAAUAUUCAUUAAUGUCAAAAGAACAAACCACAUAUUCAUGAAUAAGCUAUGUGAUUAAAUAUAUAAAUCCUUUUGUAUGGACUCGGUCAAGGUACUUAUUUUAAGAAAACUUUUAACAAAUAUAACGCUAGAAAUGUAGCGUUAUUAUUUAAAUUAUUUAAUUAGAAAGG